AAUCUGUUUUGUGGUCUUGUCUUGACAUAAAGUGUUUAUUUAUGUUUAGAUUUAUGGUUAUAAUAGGAUGAAUCAGUCUCCUUGAUUCCCUGAUCUAUCUCCCUGAAAUGUAGAAAUUUGUGUGACCCUACACUUCAAAGUAUGGAAAAAAUAAGCAUUUUAUUUCAUAAUGUGGGUUUUAUGCCUAGUCAGGUAUUGAGGUUGUCAGCAUAACUACCUUAUGAAGGUGAAUAUAAAAGAGACACAAUGAUGUGGAGAGGAGCAGCGAUGUGUUUCUUAAUGGAUAUCAAUCUCAACUGACCUAUUUUGUUAGAAACUCAGCAACGUAUAUCCUAUGUUGUACUGCUAGUUUGUUUUUUAAGUGUCAAAGUUAAAUAAGGUCAUGAAAACAAAAACUACUUUGACAGAUAUCUGACAGGGGUAGAGAUAGAGAGGAAGGCAACUCGAGUGCUGCCACUGGACCUCUUCUCCAGUCCUGUCUGGUCCCCUCACACUCUCUCAGAUGAAGUACACAAAGAACACAGACCAUACGAAAUCCCCAGCAGCCCUGAUUAGGCAUCUGCAUUCAUAUGGGCUUUUGGAUAGAGCCACAGAUGGAGACGGAGAGACCUUUGAGGAGGUGGACGACGAGGUGGCAGAGGUCGAGGAGCCAGAGGUCAAGGUGAAGGGGCAGGAGAAGAGAUCGUCUGAGGAGGGAGGGAAGCCCACAUUUGCUGACAUUGAUUGGCCACCAGAGGGAGUCAAAGUGGACUCUGUGGAGUACUACCGCAGACUGAAGGACCUGCCCUGGAGCCUCCCUGCCCUGGAGCAGGCGCUAUACCUCAGCCUGCCUGCGUGGGUACAGGCAGCUUUGCUUUGUAACCUUUUGGGGCAUGUGGUCAAAUCUGAUGUGCCAGGCUUUUCCUUCCCAGUGCGCAUGAUGUCCUACCUCCUUCUCCCCUACACUUUACCAGCCUCUGCCAUCUUUCAGCUCAACUACAGAUUCAUGCGCUUGGCAUAUUGGGAUAAAACCAAUUUGCUGAAGUGUUUCAAAGGAGUCCAAGAGAGCGUCCAUUGGAAGAGGUGGAACAGAAAAGUCCAGGAGAAAGCCCAUUGGCUGAGCUGGAUCGGAGGACUACAGGAUAAAUCCCAUUGGCCAACGUGGGUCACAGGGCUCCAGGAGAAAGCUCAUUUGCUGUGGUGGGACGUGAGGCAGGUUGUGCGGCUUCUCGUCAGAGUCUCUGUUUCCAGUCUAAAGACAAUGCUCCCUGGCAGGUUGCCGUCCCUUCCAUUUCCUUUACUGCAUUUUCCAGCUGUGAGCCUCCAGUGGCUCCAAUCCAUCCCUCUUCCCUCCAUCCCUCUUCCCUUCAUCCCUCUUCCCUCCAUCCCUCUUCCCUUCAUCCCUUUCCCGUCUCUGUGCUCCCUUACUUUCUUUGCUCCUUCUCUCUUGCUGCGGAUUCUCCCCUUACGGUUCCUCAGUUUUGGAUCAGCGCCACAGACAGAACCCGGCCCUGCGAGGGGCACCAUCCAAAGAAAGCGGCACUCCGUGCUGCGGUUCCACCUCUCCACCACCUCCAGCGCCUCCAACCUGGACCCCCUGGGCCCUUCCUCGGACACCCCCUGCCCCCCAGAGCCCCCCCGGGCCUUCUCCCUCCUCAUCAACCUGCAGCUGGAGGUGGAUGAACAGCCAGAAUUCUACCCUGUUCUGCCUCAGCUGCCAGCCCCCCUGGAGGUCCAGCUCAGUCCAGAGGAGGUGGAGGAUGAAGGCCUCUGCUCCCCCCAUAUCUCCUUCCUGGGCGUCAGAGAGGAGGAUGUGAGAGAUGAGGACAGUGAUGUGGAGGACUCUGGGACAUCUGGGAUAGCUCCUCUUCAUAGUCCUCCCAUAAUGACCUUUGCCAGUAAACAGUCUCCGAAUAGCAUUCAAUUACAUGCAUUAAAUAUCACUGAAUAAGUAUUGAGUGCUGGUAUGUCUAGAACUAAGAGAUAAUAAACAUCCCUCUGACUUAACUGGAA